AUGGAGGCGCUGCACAAGAAGAUUCGUGCUCUGCACGCAAUCAAUGAGGAGAUCAUCGCGCGUGUGGAGAAGCUCCACGAAGUGCUCCACUACGACUAUUUCGCCUUCCUUGACGACGGCCUGGUCCUCGAGGAAGUAUCCUCCACCGUCAAAGUGGGGGACAUUCUCAAGGACUUCAAGUGUGAGGUCCAGCUCGUGACGGACAUCUGGGACGUGUUCAACGACAAGCCCAACUGGCAGGCCACGCGCUGGGACGACCUCAAGCGCCUCAACCACGAGCUGUUCGCCAUCGCGGAGAAGUUCGAGCUGCUCGACAAGAGCAACGCCAAGGCCCAGACCGAGCUGGCCAAGUACCUGCACAACUUCGAACUCAUCCAGACCAGCCUGGGCGCCGUCGAGGAGAAGACCCUGAGCCAGAUCUCGCGCCAGGACCAGCUCGCCGCACGCGUCGCCGAGGUCAACCGCCUGCUCGAUGGGUUGAAGCUCGAUGGCGUGCAGUUCCGCCAACCGUCUUUCGCUGGUGGGUCGAUCGUGAGCCCCGAGCAUAGGCGAAAGCUGGUCGAGUGGUAUGGGAAAGGGUGGAAGCUGCUCUACAAGGCCUCGCGCGACGGCUGGGCCUGUAAGGACUUCCACUCGCGAUGCGACGGCAAGGGUGCCACGGUGACGGUGGUGCGCUGCACCGGCGGCCACAUCUUUGGCGGCCACCUCGCCCAGUCGUGGAACUCAUUGGGCAACUACAUCACAUGCCCCUCUGCGUCGCUCUUCACGCUGGCCAACCCACACGGCAUCCCUCCAACAAGACUCGCCAUCUCAAGCGCAACCUCUGCUGCCUUCGGGCAUGCGGCCUAUGGUCCGACGUUUGGUGGCCAAGACCUCUACAUCGCGACCAACGCCAACGCCAGCACGGCGUCGAACUUCAACUUCCCCCAUGGCUACCGGGACACGACGGGGAGGGGCCAAAGCCUCUUCACCGGCAACCGCAACUUCCAGGUGGCUGAGGUCGAAGUCUUCGCCCUGCAGUAG